AUGGUCGGUCCACCCAUCAGCUCCCGCGAUCGCCUUCGUCACCAGCACGUCCCGCUGAUCUCGCCUCCGGACGAGGACAUAGUCCAGCAGGUGCCACUGGCGCGAACGAGGAUGCCUCCAGGUGGCCUUCUCUCGCUCCGGCAGACAGAAGAAGGCGUUCGUCAGGAUGAGGCGGUGUUCUGCGCAGGUGCGGAGGAGCAGCAGGCCGUUGUCGUUUUAGCCGCGGAGACCAUGGGGAUCCAACACUCCUCUCCAGGCAGUAUGGUCUGUGCCGACGUGGGCGUUGAAGUCACCAAGGACAAUCAACUUGUCCGCCUUCGACACAGUCGCCAAGAGGGCGUGCAGGUCCUCGUAGAAUUUGUCUCUGACGGCGUCGGGGCUGGUCAUCGACGGAGCGUAGGCGCUGAUGAUGGUGGCGAACUUGCCUCCUCGCCGAAGAGGCAGGCGGAGGCUCAUCAGGCGAUCGUUGAUGCACUGCGGCAGACUGGGCAGUCGUCCCACGAUGUCGUUCCGGAUGGUGAAGGCGACACCCGCGUCGCGUCGCUCUGCCCUGGGUCGGGCGCUCCAGAAGGAGGUGUAACCGGCACCCACCUCCUCCAGUUGGCCUUGUUCGGAGAAUCGGGCCUCGCUGAGUACGGCGAUGUCCACCUUGUUGCGCGCCAGUUCUCGUGCCACUAG